AUGCUAGGCUUUCGUUCCUGCCUGAGCACCGCACGUCGUGUCAAUCUGAGCUUUCCGACCAAGAUGGACACCUUCAUGGAGGCAUUCGAGUAUGCGGCCAACCGGUCCAAGGUGUUAUUUGGCAGUGGCACCAUAGCCAAACUUCCCAAUAUUCUGGCUAGUCGAGGACUUUCACGACCUCUCCUCCUAUCAACCCCACAACAACUUGAUCAGGCUCAGCAGGUUCAGAAGCUCCUCAGCGGCGAAGCCGCCGGAAUCUUUAGUGAGGCUACUAUGCACACUCCUGUUGAGGUGACAGACCGAGCUGUCGAGUUUGCCAAGUCGACCAAGGCGGACUCGCUUGUGUCUAUCGGAGGCGGCAGCACGAUUGGGCUCGGCAAGGCCAUCGGAAUACGGACAGGUCUAUAUCAUAUCACAAUUCCAACCACCUACGCUGGGAGCGAAGUGACUCCAAUUCUUGGAGAGACGUCGGAUGGGCUGAAGACGACACGAUCGGAUCCCAGCAUUCUACCAGACGCUGUUAUAUAUGAUGUCGACCUCACCAUGACGCUUCCAGUGGGUUUGAGCGCGUAUAGCGGAAUCAACGCUAUCGCGCAUGCUGUGGAAGCUCUCUACGCCCAAAACACCAACCCCAUUAUCAAAAUGUUUGCGCAAGAAGGCGUGAGAUCGCUCGCUGCCGCGCUCCCUGAAAUAUCCAAGGACCCAGCUUCGCAGGCUGCGAGGUCAUCCGCCCUCUAUGGUGCCUGGCUCUGCGGAGUGUGUCUUGGCAGCGUCGGCAUGUCGAUCCACCACAAGCUUUGCCACACACUCGGCGGCAGCUUUAACCUUCCCCACGCCGAGACGCACACCAUUGUGCUUCCGCAUGCACUUUCCUACAACGCAAGUCAGGUACCCCACGACAUGCAAAGGAUUGCAAGUGCACUUGGCGACGACAGGGGCGAUGCUAUCAGUGGCCUCAAUGCCCUACUUGACAAGCUUCCGGUCAAACGUGGUCUGAGGGAGCUUGGAAUGAGGGAGGAGGAUAUCGAUAAGGCGGCCGAUAUCGCCAUGACUAAGGCUUACUGGAAUCCUCGCCCGACUGAGCGAGAUGCCAUUAGAGAAUUGCUUCGACGGGCGUGGGCGGGUGAGCCGGCGAGGGCGGACUUGUGA